CUCCGUCCAUCUUUACGUCGCUCCGGUUAAACUUUCUCCUCCCUGCUUUCAUUCCAUCAGAGGCGCUUCAUCACCGACGCUUCCGUCCACCUGUCGCUCCCUCCCUGCAGAAAACAAAAAAAUGGCAAGCAGCUUCUCAAGAAUCCUGUCCUCCAAACGAAAAAUCCAGAUCCUGUCGUUGGUGGGGGGCUCUGUAACGGCUGGAUAUCUACUGCACCGGGAUCAUGUCAGCGCUGGAGGAGUGCCUGUGCGCAGGAGCUACCCCGCCAGUGCGGAGUACCCUGACUUGCGCAAACACAACAACUGCAUGGCCAGUCACCUGACACCUGCCAUCUAUGCCAAGCUGUGUGAUAAGGCCACUCCCAACGGGUACACGCUGGACCAGGCCAUUCAGACAGGCGUGGACAACCCUGGGCACCCAUUCAUCAAGACUGUUGGUAUGGUGGCAGGAGACGAGGAGUCUUACGAGGUAUUUGCAGACCUGCUGAACCCUGUCAUCAAAGAAAGGCACAAUGGCUACGACCCCUGCACCAUGAAGCAUCCCACCGACCUGGACUCCAGCAAGAUCCAUUCGGGCAACUUUGACCCAAAUUAUGUGCUGUCGUCCAGGGUGAGAACGGGCCGCAGUAUCCGUGGGCUGAGCCUGCCUCCCGCCUGCACCCGGGCAGAGCGCAGGGAGGUGGAGAGGGUGGUGGUGGAAGCCCUCGCCGGCCUGAAGGAUGACCUGGCCGGGAGGUACUUCAGUCUCACCCAGAUGACAGACGAGGAGCAGCAACAGCUCAUUGAUGACCACUUCCUGUUUGACAAGCCUGUGUCACCCCUCCUGACAUGUGCAGGCAUGGCCCGUGAUUGGCCAGAUGCCCGUGGUAUAUGGCACAACAACGACAAGACAUUCCUGAUUUGGAUCAAUGAGGAGGAUCACACCAGGGUCAUCUCCAUGGAGAAGGGAGGGAACAUGAAGAGAGUCUUUGAGAGGUUCUGCAAAGGCCUCAAGGAGGUGGAGCGUCUGAUCCAGGAGAGAGGCUGGGAGUUCAUGUGGAGCGAGAAGCUCGGUUACAUCCUCACCUGCCCCUCCAACCUGGGCACAGGACUCAGGGCCGGGGUCCACGUCAAACUGCCCCGGCUGAGCAAGGAUCCCCGCCUCAAUACAAUCCUGAACAACCUGCGUCUGCAGAAGCGAGGGACCGGUGGUGUGGACACCGCUGCUGUGGGCGGAGUGUUCGACAUCUCCAACCUGGACCGCCUGGGACUGUCUGAGGUCCAGCUGGUGCAGACAGUUGUUGAUGGCGUCAACUACCUAAUCGAGUGUGAGAAGAGACUGGAGAAAGGCCAGGACAUCAAGGUGCCGCCACCCCUUAAGUAUUUCAAGUAGACACUGAUCCCUGACCCCAGCCAACAAACCUCUGGGCACACACAUGCACAAACCCCUUGCUCAGUGCCCAUAGAUAUUAUAAAUAUCUAUGUCAUUGCCUCAUUUAUUUCCACUACUUAUCUAACCACCUCUCCCUGUCCCAUAGUAUACCUCUCUAUAAUAUAAUCUACAUAUAUUAUACGCAGCUGUCUGGCUAAACCAAACCAGAGUCCCAGCAUACUGCAUUGGGCUUUAGUGUGUUUCAGAUGGGUUUCUAUAUUAAACUCAAAUUUAACGGCAGCAAACAUUAAUCAAGGAUGCACAAACUGUAGGCUGUUGUAACGUAGCAAAGAUGGCCACCCGUUUGCCCGUGUCUGCAUGGCCAAACAGUAUCUAUGGCUCUGCUCCCAAAGCCCACCAAACCUGGCUUUACCUUGCCUCGGUCCCCUCCCACCGCAUGUCCUAUAUACUCUUCCCCUCAUUCCCGUGUGUUGAUUGGUCAUCCCUAUUAUCUGGUACUUGUUUUGUCCAUCCAUUUGUGCUCUACUUUCCAUCAUGGAUUGUGUGUACACAGUUUCUUUUCACCAUUUUGAGUGGAUUUGGAUGUAGAUUCACAGUGUAAGAUUGAAGAUACUCGUGUUCUCCAGAGGUUUGUUGACACACUGGUGUCCAAAUGUAAUGUUAUAACACACUGGCCGGGCUUGGUUCUGUACUGUAAGCUCCUGAAGCAAUAUCAUUCCAGCUCACCAUGAAAUGUUGCACUGUAAUGUCUUUUAUUAAAGAAAUCAUCUAUUUAA